UCUGUUCCAAGGAUCAGAACUUCCCCAGGAGACAACCCAGGUUCUUAUUUUCCCUCGAUCCAAACACGUACGUCUCUCUCGUAGCCAAUUGCACAAUUCCAACUUCCAAGCCAUCAGUACUGACGUACUAGUUUCCUGAUCAGAUAGCCCUUGGGGGUGGAGCGGUACUACUGCAAAAGUCAUGGCCUCAACGAUGCCUAGGAAGAUAAGGAAAGCCCUUGGAGCAGUGAAAGACCAAACCAGCAUUAGCCUGGCCAAGGUUUCCAACACCAACACGGUCGACCUCGAGGUCUUGAUCCUCAAGGCCACCACACACGUUGAAAUCCCCAUCGACGAGCGCUACGUGAAUGACAUCCUCGAACUCAUCUCCUCCAACAAAUUCUUCGCGUCAGCUUGUGCCCAAGCCAUUUCCAAACGCAUUGGCAGGACUCGCAAUUGGAUCGUCGCGCUCAAGUCCCUCAUGCUCGUCCUUCGAACUUUCCAAGACGGCGAUCCACAUUUUCCUGGGGAAGUUCUCCGGGCAAUGAGACGCGGUGCAAAGAUUUUUAACCUUUCCGGCUUCCGGGAUGACUCUAAUUCUAGUCCAUGGGAUUACACUGCCUUUGUUAGAACCUUUGCUCUCUACCUUGACGAGCGCUUAGAUUGCUUUCUCACCGGGAAGCUUCAACAUCGUUUUACGUAUAAUAAGCAGAGAGAAAGCAUCCCCCAUAGAAGACAGCUCAUUUCCUCGUCCAUGCAUGACAUGAAACCAGCCAUACUGCUCGAUAGAAUCUCAUACUGGCAGCGUCUGCUUGAUAGAGCUAUAGGCACUAGACCUACUGGUGCAGCCAAGAGCAGCCGGUUGGUCCUGAUUGCACUUUACGCAAUUGUCCAGGAGAGUUUUGAUCUCUACCGUGACAUUUCUGAUGGGCUUUCGCUCCUUUUAGACAGCUUCUUUCAUUUGCAAUAUCAGUCUAGUGUCAAUUCCUUUCAAGUUUGUGUUAAAGCCACGAAACAAUUCGAAGAACUUUCUAGUUUCUAUGAUUUGUGCAAGAACAUUGGGGUAGGGAGAACCUCCGAGUAUCCUAGUGUGAAAAAGAUAUCUGACGAGCUUGUUGAGACAUUGCAAGAUUUCUUGAAAGAUCAAGCAUCGUUCCCUAAACAUAAUGGUCAAUCGCCAAUAUUGCUUCUUCCCGGGCCACCUUCCAAUGAUCCUACAUCAAAUACUGAGAGGUUGUCUGGUGAUCAAUCAAUUAAAACAUCAGGUCAGAGGGUUUCACGGAGAGGUCGGUCGGUCGGCAGUUCGCGUUGCACAUCAUUGGAGGAUCUUAUGAGUGUUGCAGAACCCGAUGGGACAAACCCGCAGAUCACCGAGUUGAUUGAGCAAGAGUGUUACUUGGAAGAGCAAUCCGAGAAACAGUCUACUCUCCUAGAGGAUUUAAUUGGUAACGUUUCCGGCUCCAACUUUUUGUUGCCCCUUAAACAAGGAACAAAAUCAUGUUUUGAGCUCAUUUGUAUGGACGAUGACUGGCCAAAACAUGAAGAGAAAAAAGAAGAAGAAGAACAAGUAGGACAUGAAACUUCGGAGACAUCCGGUUUAGAAUUAGCUCACCCGAUAAUUAAUGGUUGGGAGCUCGUUUUGUUCGAGUCAGAUCAAACCCAACAUGAGAUGCAACCUUUUACAAACCUGGACAACGGAUGUGAACCCUUGGUUGUGAAGGAGGACUCGUUGUGUCUAGCUUCACUUCCUCAACACCAAUAUAAUCCAUUUCUAGAAGAAGCUACUGCAAUUGCGAUUGCCGCUGCACAUACUUCCGACGAACCAGCUUUUUUUGCAGCAAACGAUUCGUUCUCUGUUGCUCCCACGUUUUAUGCAGCGUGGCCAACUUUUUGCAUGCAAAUUGAGACACUGGCAGCGCCCAGUACAUUCUGUGCACAGAAUUUUGACAAUACGACGACCGUGGCGCCAACAUUUCGGGUACAAAACACUAAUGAGGUAGAGGAAGCACCGAAUUUUUAUACGAAGAAUCCAAACGAGACGACGGCAGUAGUCCCAAAUAUUGAAAAUGACCCUUUUGAGAAGUGCGCUUCUGCUAUGGCCUAUACACAUGUAUCUAAUGGGUCAAUGAAUCAACAAAGUGAUCUGCUGCAUCAGCAACAGCUAUGGUUGGAGAACCAGAACAAGAUCAUUGCAAAGCUGAUGACUUGAUUUAAAAUCGAUCGACCAUGGAUGCUGAUCAUUCAUAUUGGAGUAAAAUUUUGCUGACAGAACGAUGAUCUUCAAAUUGUAUCGCUCAUGAGCAUUGCCAAUGGUUUUCAAAUUGUACAUUCUCAGGGUUCUUGAGUUCAUACCCAGCUGUCCCAAGUUGUAAUAUGGACUUCGGCCGAGGAUAUUAAUACAAAAAUGAGUUACAAAAAGUGAGAGCGAACCCCAUGUACAGACAAUCGAAAA